AGUCACGUAUGUGACACCUUAACCGUAGGCGUUGCUCUCUAACUCCUACAGCGGCGUAUUUUUCUCUUAAUUUUUUUUUUCUUUCUUCCAACGAUACGUCACUAUAUCGGGCGUGAAUUAAAUACGUGCGUAUUCUCUCGUGGCUCGAUUGACAGCUUAAAAGUCGAUCGAAGGAACGGAGUACACAAUGAUGAAUCACGCCUCGUUGCGUGUGAUAUCGAAUGAACAGAAAGAGAAUGGAGAGAGGGAGAAAAAAAGAUAUACACCAAACGUAAGAAGUAACAAGGAAGAAGAUGGCUGAUACGCAACUCCUACGUGUUACGACGCGUGUCACGCCUAUAGGAGGAGGAUUUUGUUGAUAGUAAACGUAAUGCACUCGGCUGACGCCACGCUCCGCAUCACGCGACGUCUCGACUACUUGUGAAGAACCAACUGAAGGUACUGGCUUUUAUCCCAUGACUCAUCGUUACUAUUAAUAUCGAUGUCGUCAGCGUUUUCUCAUUUCAUUGGAUACCAGUGUCGUCAUUCUUCUUGUCCCAUUGGUCGGUCGAUCCGCGCUACUAGGAAUUGGCCGACGCAUGCGCACAAAGCGAUUGAAUACUUUCGUCGGAGGGAGCGUUUGAACGUCGGCGUAGAAACUAAGCUAUAUUUCCGUUUGCUUUCAUUCUGGACUAUCGCAUUUAGUUGCAUAAUUUGGUGCUCCAUUAACGUUCGUUAGUUCGCCGUAACUUCUGAAAACAUUCCACUUUUAAAUAGCGGAUGAUCGUUUAUCGCGUAUAAAAUUAAUUUUACAAAAAUUUCAUACGACGAUUAUAUAAUCGAUAUUCUAACAAACGAUUGCAAACAUUUUCGAAAUCAACGAACAAUCAAACAAGUUAUUUUUAUGAUAACAGUGAUAGAAAUCUUUCCUCGAAAUUGGAUUAUAUAGAAAAUAUGAUAACGACGAACGUUGAGAUUCGAUCGGAAUAAUUUGUUCGUAGAUAAAAAUGACGGAAAUGUAGCCUAAAAUGUGUUUAUCGACGUUCAAACGGUCCCUCCGUCGUGAACGUCGAAGAUUGGUUUGGGCGCACGCGCGAGUCAAUUCCUAGUAGCGCGGCUUGCUCGACCAAUCAGGCGAUAGUCUUAACGCCAUCGUUAACCAAUGAGAGAAUUGUUUGGUGACGACGAUACUAUUUAUAGCGCGAUGAGUCAUAGGAUACAAGGUAGUCGCUUUAGUUGGGUUUUCACAAGUUGCCAUAGACAUAGCAUGGUACGGGGAUAACACUUUGUGUAGUGUCAGUUGCGCGCACACGCUUCGUAUCUUUUGGUUAGAUCGUACUAUAGCUCUGACACGUGCGUACGCGUAGGUGUUGCCCGUUUUUCUUUCGACGUGUUGAAAACGUCGUGCAUUUGCUUUUGCACCCUCGCACACGUUAAGAAUGACUCAUUAUUUUGUGCUACGUUCUUUCGAUCAGCUUUAGCUUGUCAACGGAGGGAAGGAAAAUAUAAGAAAGAAGGAAAAAGGGAGCGAGAGAGAGAGAGAGAGAGAGAGAGAGAAAGAAAAGAGAGGGGGGAGAGAGAGAGAUGCAUCCACAAUCCACGCCCCACAGUGACGUAUGAAAGAGUGGGGAUAAAGCGAGUACCGAAGAAAACAUCGAAGAUAACGCGCGUAUGCGGAAUUGGAAUGAAUAUUACAUUUGAUAUUUAUAAUAAGCAAGUAUAUAAGAUAUUAUAUACGCAUGAUACAACAUGCGUAGUCGGAUUAAAAGGGAAUUUGUCUUUGGAUACCAUUGUAAUGUUAUGUAACUUAAGCCCUUGCGUCAGAAUAUAGGGAAUCGUAAUAUUCAGAAAAAUUUUAACGCUCUAGACGGAUCUUACGAGGAUUAUUUUUCUCUUGAACCGGAUCUAGACUCUCUUCCUUACGGCGUAAAAACAUCGAACGAAAGACGCGCUUUGAAUUCGUGAUUCACCGAAGUGUCGAGCAAGCGUGUAGGAAAAGUGAGAGUAAGAGAGAGAGACAGAGGGAGACAGAGAGAGAGAAAGAGAGAGAGAGAGAGAGAGAGAGAAAACAGAUACUGCACAGAAAAGAGAAGAGAGGGAAGACAACGAGAGAUAGAGCACGCGUAUAUGCUUGAAAGAGUGAGAGAAUAAGAAAAGACGACCUUCGGAGUUGCCAUCAAAGAAAGACCAUUCUUCACGUUAUCGAUGGUACGAAAUUUAACAAUGGAUCAGGUAUUUAAUGAGGACACAACAGGCUCUUACGGAGUUAUAAAUCGUGAAAAUAACAUGGGUUUACGUAAACGUAAUCUCACGUUGGAUUUAAACAAUUGUCAAAGACAAGAGUUACAAGUUAAAAAACCAAGAUUGGGCCCGUUACCGACUACUUUUAAUAUUGCUCCGAUUUUAAGUUCCCCAGACUUGAAUAUGCUCAAAUUGGGAUCGCCGGAAUUGGAGAAGUUGAUAAUCGAACAACAGGAUGGCAAUGGUGCCGACACCGAGGGCGUCGUCACAUCCUUGCCGACGCCAACGGCGCAAAUACUUUUUCCAAAAACGGUUACGGAAGCUCAAGAACUUUAUGCUCGUGGUUUUGUAGAUGCCCUAAACGAGCUACAUCACUCGGAUAGCUCCCAAGAACCUGGUAGCUUACACGGAGCUACUUACACAACUUUGGAGCCACCCGGUAGCGUGCAAAGCAUCGGAACGGAGUCCUCGGUGAGUCAGGGUCUCAUGCAAAUAAAGGACGAACCCCAAACGGUACCUAGCGUUUCUAGCUCGCCGCCUAUGUCACCGAUAGACAUGGAAAAUCAAGAAAGGAUUAAACUCGAAAGGAAGAGGCAACGAAAUCGCGUUGCCGCUUCCAAGUGUCGCAGGCGCAAACUCGAACGUAUUUCCAGGCUGGAGGACAAGGUCAAAGUUCUCAAGGGCGAGAACAACGAAUUGAGCGCGGUCGUACACAAACUGCGGGAGCACGUUUGCCGGCUUAAGGAACAGGUGAUGGAUCACGUACAAUCCGGUUGUCAAAUUAUGACAGUUUCGGAACAAUUUUAAGAAAGGGACGUGUUUAUAUAGAAAUCGAUGCAAUAUAUAUAUAUAUAUACACACAUAUAUAUAUAUUUAUUUAUAUGUAUAUAUAUAUAUAUAUGGGAGAAGUAAGAAAAAUUGCGUGCUUAUAUAUAAUUAUUUUCACAGCUGAAAAUUAAUCAUGCGUUGCGAUCAUUUUUUUUAAAGAAACAAAGAAAAGAGAGAGUCGCGUUCGGGAGCUUUCCCCCUUUGAUCUUUAUUAAUAUUGCAUUUAUAAUAUUGCAUAUAUAUAUUUAUAUAUAAUGAAUGUAAAUUUUUAUAUGCUAAAAUACGAUGUGCUUAAUAAGAAGCAACGAGACUUCCGAUACCUCAUAAAGAUUUAUAUUUUUGCGACUUAAGAGACUUUUACAAUUGUAGUCCAGAGAAAGUGAGAAGAAAGGAAUUCGAGGUCUUUUGUCUUGCUAAUGCGUGCCAUUAUAUACAGUGUGCCUUCUAUGCAUAUUAUUAUUGCAUAGUAAAGGGAUGAGAUUUCAAGACUGUUGUUGUUCAUUCGUGCUUUUUUAAUAUAUUGUGGAAUAUAUUACAUGUGUAAUAAUAUUAUUAUUAUAGAUAACGAUAUUUUAAAGCUUGAAAAUCAUCGACGAUGUAACACUUCUAAUCAAAUAAUGAAUAUAUUGAUUAUACAUCAAUUAAAUUUAGCCAAGAAAAGCAAGAAAAGGAGGGAAGGAAAAAAGGAAAGGAAAAAAAAAAAAGAGGAAGAAAAAAA